AUGUCCAACCUCGACGGUCUGCAGCCUCGGCUGGACUACUGUCAGAGGGACGGCGAGCUGAGCAGUGUCGAGAUGUACCCAUCGUCGGCGGUUGCUCAGACGUAUGUGCCUGGCUCGGCUGCACACAUAGGUACGCUGCAACAGCCUCCAUCGUCGUCCAACGCCUCGUCGUAUCCUCCCCACUGCUCGUCGACCAUCGUGCAGAAUCCUACGUUCGACAGCAAGCACAACGCGUACAGAAGCGCAGAGGUCAGUUUCAGUGUCAGCGUCAACAAGGUCAGCCACCCGAGCUACACAGCUCAACCGCAGCAGCAGCAUCCCUAUCCGCACCAGCAGCCAAACAGCACAACGUCUGCUUCGGCAAUGGAAACCACGGUGACGAGCACCAACACUGCUACGAGCGCGGCAAUGAUGAUCGACGACCCUGUGGCCGCCAGCGUUGACGGCGGUAAAGUGUCGACGACUCAAGGGCAGACCUCUAACAACGGCAACAGCGACAAGGAUGCUGAGGUUGGUAAACAGCAGCAGCAGCAGCAGCAGCAGCAGCCGCCGCCGCCGCCGGUCAAAGAAGCGGGCUCAGAACAGACGGAUGGAACCGGAUCCAACUCGGCAGUUCGUACAGUGCGGUAA